UCGACACAGAAUCUGAUGGCUCACUUAAUUUGGUUCCACACCGGUGUUUUGGGUCACAGAAUCUGAUGGGUCACAGAUUUCGGCGUUACACCAAUAAACCCAAUCUCCUCUCAGGAUGGAUCUACAGUAUAAUAACUUCACUCGGUCUGUGUCCACAAGACCCUUAAAUUUAAGCAUCAUCUAUCAAAGUAGCUGAACAGAACAAGGGGUCCUUGCAGUUUGAGGACAAGUGGGAUCUGAUGCGGCCCAUCGUUCUCAAGCUGCUCAGACAGGAGGCCGUCACCAAGCAACAGUGGUUCGACUUGUUCUCAGAUGUCCAUGCCGUGUGUCUGUGGGAUGAUAAAGGACCAGCCAAAAUCCACCAAGCCCUGAAAGAGGAUAUCCUAGACUUCAUCAAACAAGCACAAGCUCGGGUGCUGAGCCACCAGGACGACACAGCGCUGCUAAAGGCCUACAUUGUAGAGUGGAGGAAGUUCUUCACACAGUGCGACAUCCUGCCCAAACCCUUCUGUCAGUUGGAGAUUACACUGAUGGGCAAACAGGGCAGCAACAAGAAGACAAAUAUGGAGGACAGCAUCGUACGCAAGCUGAUGCUGGACACGUGGAACGAGUCGAUCUUUUGCAACAUUAAGAGUCGCCUGCAGGACAGCGCCAUGAAGCUGGUGCACGCUGAGAGGCAGGGGGAGGCCUUCGACUCCCAGCUGGUUAUAGGAGUACGAGAGUCAUACGUGAACCUGUGUUCGAACCCAGAAGACAAGCUGCAGAUCUACAGGGAUAACUUUGAGAAAGCCUACCUGGACUCCACAGAGAGGUUUUACAGAACACAGGCACCGUCCUACCUGCAACAGAACGGCGUCCAGAACUACAUGAAAUAUGCAGACACGAAGCUGAGAGAAGAGGAGAAGAGAGCACUUAGAUAUUUAGAGACACGUCGUGAAUGUAACUCUGUUCAAGCACUUAUGGAGUGUUGUGUGAAUGCUCUGGUGACCUCGUUCAAAGAGACAAUCCUCGCUGAAUGUCCGGGGAUGAUCAAACGCAACGAGACAGACAAGCUGCACCUCAUGUUUUCGCUGAUGGACAAGGUUCCCAGCGGGAUCGAUCCCAUGCUGAAAGACCUGGAAGAACAUAUUAUCAAUGCUGGACUGGCAGACAUGGUGGCUGCUGCCGAGACUAUCACUACUGACUCUGAGAAGUAUGUGGAGCAGUUGUUGACUUUGUUUAACCGCUUCAGUAAGCUGGUGAAGGAGGCCUUCCAUGACGACCCUCGCUUCCUCACAGCAAGAGAUAAGGCUUACAAGGCUGUUGUCAAUGAUGCCACAAUCUUCAAACUAGAGCUGCCUCUGAAACAGAAAGGUGUGGGUAUGAAGACUCAGCCGGAGUCAAAGUGUCCUGAGCUGCUGGCAAACUACUGUGACAUGUUGUUGAGGAAAACUCCUCUCAGCAAGAAACUCACCUCAGAGGAAAUCGAGUUCAAACUCAAAGAAGUGCUCUUGGUGUUGAAAUACGUGCAGAAUAAAGACGUGUUCAUGCGUUACCACAAAGCUCACCUGACCAGGCGCCUGAUUCUAGACAUUUCAGCAGACAGCGAGACUGAAGAAAACAUGGUGGAGUGGCUGAGAGAAGUAGGAAUGCCUGCCGAUUAUGUGAACAAGCUGGCCAGGAUGUUUCAGGACAUCAAGGUCUCAGAGGACCUCAAUCAGGUCUUCAAAGAGAUGCACAAACACAACAAGCUGGCACUGCCAGCGGACAGUGUAAACAUUAAAAUCUUGAACGCCGGAGCUUGGUCACGAAGCAGUGAGAAAGUUUUUGUCUCGCUACCCACGGAGCUGGAGGACCUGAUCCCUGAGGUGGAAGAGUUCUACAAGAGGAAUCACAGCGGUCGCAAACUCCACUGGCAUCACCUCAUGUCCAACGGCAUUAUCACCUUUAAAAACGCGGUGGGUCAGUACGACCUGGAGGUGACGACGUUCCAGCUGGCGGUGUUAUUCGCCUGGAACCAAAGACCCAGAGAGAGAAUCAGCUUUGAGAACCUCAAACUGGCCACAGAGCUGCCUGACGCAGAGCUACGUCGUACACUCUGGUCUCUGGUGGCCUUCCCCAAGCUGAAGAGACAAGUGUUGUCUUAUGACCCUUCAGUUAGCUCGCCCAAAGACUUCACAGACAGCACACUCUUCUACGUCAACCAGGAGUUCUCACUCAUAAAAAACUCCAAAGUCCAGAAGCGGGGAAAGAUCAAUCUGAUUGGUCGGCUGCAGCUGACCACAGAGCGAAUGAGAGAAGAGGAGAAUGAAGGAAUUGUUCAGCUCAGAAUACUCAGAACUCAGGAGGCCAUCAUCCAAAUCAUGAAGAUGAGGAAGAGGAUCAGCAACGCUCAGCUGCAGACGGAGCUUGUGGAGAUCCUGAAGAACAUGUUCCUGCCUCAGAAGAAGAUGAUCAAGGAGCAGAUCGAGUGGCUCAUCGAACAAAAGUACAUAAAGAGGGACGAGACAGACAUCAACACCUUUAUCUACAUGGCCUAGGCAGCGAGGAAGGGAGCACUUUUAUUGCUCUGUUUUUUACUCCUAGCCUGCGACCGGCGCUUGACCUGCAAGAAGAGAGGGACGAGGAACAAAAGGAUGUGAAGAAAAGGAGAGUGGUGAUGAUGAGUAGUAGUGUGUGUUGAUGGACGAAAAGGAGCCUUUUCAACAAAAUUCUGGAUAUUUUAUGUGUUUGUGAGACACCAGUGUGUCUUUUCGAGGCGUAGAGUGGCGAAGUCGGACUGUUUGUGUGUCUCUGCUGCCCUCUAGUGUCGAUCAGAGGAGAAGUAUGGCAGCGUGCGCCGUCUGCCAGCAGCUCCAGUGAGAAAAAAAAUAGUGACAUUAUUAAAUUAAAUACUUCCUGCCUUACUUUCAUCAGCAAGGGACUGCAAAAGAGGAGGAGGAGAAGUGAGGAGUGAAGGGAGGACAAAUGAUAUCAAUCCUUUGCUUUCACUUAAUGCCACAGCUGCCAUCUUAGCGGCAGCCAUUUUGCAUCCCUCCUAUUCUACAUUUGUCUUAUUUUUGAACUGGGAAUGCAAAAAGCAGCGGGUGAAAGCUGCCACUGAGGAGGAGCGGACACGGAAGGGAGAUUGGUUGAAACUACCAAGGAGUAUUUUGCCAAAUUGUGUGUGUGUGUGUUUGGAUGCAUGGUGUGUAUCUGGUCUUUUAGAUGUGUGUAUGUGCACUUUCAACAGCAUGCUGCUUUAUGAUUUUUGUUUUUGUUCAGUGGAGGAUCUGUCACACUUUCUGGUUGUGUUUGAGGUUGGGAAAUCAAAACCAGUCAUUCUUUAAAUGCUGAUAUUUAGUUAUUCUUUUUAACCCCUGUGGCAGCAGGUAAAGCUUGUCAACAGGUGAACAAGUAUUGUCUGGAGACCCUUGUCUGUGUUACAAAAUAAUCAUUCUGCAAACUAUUUAUUUGGCGUGUAAAGACCCGUGAUCUGGACAUUGUGAGAUUAAAUACCAGCUGAAUGCAUCAAA